CUUCGACAUGACACGAUCCUUGCGUCAGAUGCUUGAUCUCCCGGGCCCCGCGACCGAUACUCCGUCUCUAGUACGCAAUGAGCUUCCAAUUUAUCGAUAACGGUACGGCCAAUACCCCGGACUCCCGACGGGCGAUCCGUAGCCACGUCAUGAAGGGCAGGAAUCUGGGCAGAAAGAUACAAGGCCGUGGUCGAAAGAACGCGCCGCCUCAGACGGAUGAGUUCUUCGGUGAUGUUCAUCAGCCACAUGAAGAGGAGCGUGGGAUUAUUGAGGUUGCCAAGGAUGCUGCUGCACGGCAGGAUGGGAGCAAACUCCUCUUCCCUGAGAUCAUUGCUGUAGACAUCGCAACGUCUUCCAAUCCCUUCGCGGGUAGCGAGUUCCAAUACUUUUCAUUCCCUAUUCAGUUCACGCCGUCUAUGAGGUACAUGGUAUACCAGUUCCAUUCAGCCGUUAUCGAUAUCAUCUAUCCGCUCGCGUUCUGUCGCCCGCCCGAUGGAAUUGGCGCCCCUUGGUUUGAAUAUAUGAUAUCCGAUCAAGCCUUCCUCCACUCCCUGCUCGCUAUGACGGCAACUUACCUUACCCUCUUCCACAAACCUGGAAGCGAGACCCUCGAAGCAACACGUCACUUCUCCCAGGCUUUCCGGCUCAUUAACCACAAGCUCUCUCAACCUUCCACCCCGAGUGACUCCACUCUCGCCGUCGUCGCUUCCUUCGCCAUCCACAGCAACCUUAUCCGCGAUACUCCCCGCGGCUUAAUCCACUUUGAUGGCCUCCAGCGCAUUCUCUCCCUUCGCCCAGGCGGACUGGCCUCAUUGGGGGACAGUAAUCGUACUCUUAUGCAUAAGAUCUGUCGCACAGACAUAGAGAUGGCUCUGAGGGAGGGAACCCCGACUCGGUUUGGGCAUAUGAGGUUGACGAUUAGCUCGUUGCUUGGGCAGACCAGGCGGCCACUCGUGUAUCCACUAAAACAGAUAUGUGCCCCCCUGCGAAAGUUCACCGAGGAGAUCAUGGCUUUGUGUCGAUGUCCUGGAAGGGCUAAGACGGUGGGGCUAGAAUAUCAGGAUCAGAUGACUCGGCUGUGGCAAGGGCUCCUGGAUUUUGCACCACUUCGAGGCGAGAGGCCGCAGAACCCAUUGGACGACCUGUGGCAUCUAAGUCUUCUCGCAUUUCUAGCCACUGUUGCCUAUCCGGUAGAGUGCUUGCGGGAUAUUCAUACUGGUUUGCUGUAUGAGAUGCUACGGGAUCGGGUUGAGCGUGAUGUACUGAUGCCUAUGGGCGCUGAUUAUAGCCCUCUUCGGUUCUGGGUCGCGUUUAUGUAUGGGUUGUUGGUAUCGGAUAAACCAGAAAUAUGUCUUGGUUCACAUACCAGGACACUGGCAGGCGAGCUAGAUUUUAAAAGCUGGGAGGACGCAAAGACAUCCCUCCAAUCAUUCCCUUGGGUUGGAGUUGCGCAUGGGAAACCGGGCAAGGAGUUCUGGGAUUCAAUGAUGUCAGCUGCAUGAUAAAUAGCAGCCCUUACGCCUCCCUAACACGAUAGGCCAGAUCCCUCUGACCAGAUUGAUCAACUAUCAUCAGUCCUUAUUGUCCUCAAUGAAAAGAGACCUUGUGUGUCCACUUGCAUUGGAUUUGCUGCACACUCUGUGGGGGCAGGCUCACACGAGAGGAAAAGAAUAAACAAUCGGGGGACUAGAACAUUCGACUUCAUUUCUUUGUCUCCGGUGCAGCCAUCUUUUGGACGGAAUAAAAAGCCCUCACUUGUCUAGGGUAACUUUGGUGUAAUAGCAGACAGCCAAAUGGAGAGAAUGCUAAGAGCUUAGGACAAUAGCGCC